AUGCAAAACAUUUAUGUAAUUCCUACUGCGAAUUACGAAUGCCGUGUCUCAGAUGCAAUAGUUAUUUUAAAAGCAGCGUAAGCCUACUUAGUCAUUAAUUUGGAUUCUUUUAGAAUCUUCUUAGGGUCAAAAACACGAAAGAUGAGGCCUCAACUUGAGGACUCCGAACUCCUCCGAAAUAUUGGGAAACGCGCCGCAAAGCCCACUGUUGCGAUUGCGAAAAAGGAAAGAGAUAUGCGUAAGAUUGCCUUUUGCAGGAGACGCAGAGAGCAAACUAGUCAGACGGCGCUUAGCUACAGCUAUCACGAGGGCAUUCCCCGCGGCGAAUUUACGCGUAUGCUUCACUAA